CGUGGGUUGAGUGCUGUUGUAACCCGUCACCCCACCACUCCUUAGUGUACAUCCUUCUCUCACUAAGCAGUCGGCAACACAGGAGAGACAUCAACGGCUGGGGCACCGUCAAACCUCACUCCCCUGACCAGAAAGGCAACAGUACUUCAGACACGGUGACGGACGAGCAGUGAUGUACAGUUGGUCGUGAGUCUGUCCCAGAGGGUGACGUAAGAAAUCCUACACGUAAAAAAUUCCUUGAAGAGACACUGAUCAGUCGGUGAUAAAGUAACAGUGUCUACGUGACUCAACACAGCGACUGGUUAAUUGGUUGUAUAGCACAGGCACGAAACUUCCACAAUAAUGGACGACAAAAUGAAAACUGGUCACGAUCCUCCUCAGAUGACAUCAUCAUCACCACCAACACCAACAUCAUCACCACCACCAACAAAACCACCAACACCACCACCACUAACACCUACAACCAUCGUUAAGUCACCCGCCAUCACCAGUACCAUGAAUAACGUGGUGGAAAGCUCUCCUAAAGACCUUCCUGACGACGCUGUUUACCUGAGGAAGGAGUUGGGACUAUUGGAAGCUGUCGCCAUCAUCGUGGGUAGUAUCAUUGGGGCUGGCAUCUUCAUAUCUCCUAAGGGCGUGCUUGAGUAUGCAGGCAGCGUGGGCAUGUCGCUGGUGGUGUGGGCCAGUUGUGGGAUGGUGACUACCGUUGGGGCCCUAUGUUUUGCUGAGCUGGGUACAAUGAUCCCUGAGAGUGGAGGGAUGUACAGUUACCUACUGGAGGCGUUCGGGCCAGCUCCGGCCUUCCUCUACUUCUGGGUAUCGGUGGUGGUCAAGAACAGUGCAGGAGCGGCAGUGGUGGCGGUCAUCUUCGCCAGCUACCUCCUCCAAGCCCUCUUCCCGGACUGUGGGGCUCCUCUUGACAUCCCCACGAAGCUCCUCGCUGCAGUAUUAAUAUGUUUUCUCUCGUGGCUUAACUGCGUCAGGGUAAAAUGGGUGACGAAGGUGCAGAACGUGUUUACCGUGACCAAGGUACUGGCUCUCGUCCUCAUCAUAGUGAUGGGCGUCUACCACCUGGCCAGAGGGAACGUCCAGAACUACCUUCACCCCAUGGAAGGAACCAACUGGGCAGCUCCAGCCAUCUCUGCUGCCUUCUACCAGAGUCUCUUUGCUUACGGUGGCUGGGAAAAUAUGUACAACGUUGUGGAGGAACUCAGGAAUCCAUCUCGGAACCUCCCACUGGCCAUCAUUUUCUCCACUACUCUGGUUACGGUCGUGUACACACUCGCUAACAUCGCUUACCUGGCUGUACUUACACCUGCUGAAAUACUGUCCUCUAAUGCUGUGGCCAUGACGUUCGCCACCCGUUCCCUAGGCGUGAUGGCAUGGGUGAUUCCAGUGUUCGUGCUGUGUUCCACCUUCGGUAACUCGAAUGGGGCGAUGUACACACAAUCUCGCCUCAUCUUCGUCGGGGCGAGGCGAGGGCAGUUCCCUGAGGCCUUCUCUCUCGUUCACGCCACCAACUUCACGCCCAUUCCCUCAGUGGUGCUCAACGGUGUGUUGUGUGUAGUGAUGUUGUUUACCUCGGACGUGAUGUUACUCAUCAACUACUCCACCUUCGCCAUGACCCUCACACAGUGUGGGUGUAUGUGCGCUCUCUUCCAGUUCCGGUACAAACAACCUGACAGACCGCGGCCCUUCAAGGUGUGGUUGGGACUACCGAUAGUCUACAUGAUAGUUACAGUGUUCCUGCUGGUGCUGCCGAUAAUCGAGACGCCGGUGGAGGUGGGAGCGUCGUUAGCUAUGGUGGCCACCGGCUUACCAGUCUACUACUUCACCAUCUACAGGAAGGACAUUGCCCAGAAGUUCUCCAGACCUUUACAAAAACUGACGUACUGUUUCCAGCUGCUGUUCCUCGGACUACCUGAGGAGAAGGUGGAGUGAGGCAAGACUGUUUUACAAGUUACUGAUAUAUGUAUAUAAUAUAUUUCAUUUAGCCAAAUUAAA